AUGCUCGCGUGGUUCCAUCGCUGGGUCGGUCGCAUCUGUGUGCUUCAUUCUAUUUUGCACGGCUCGCUGCUCGUGAGUAUCGCCAGAACAACGACGCUGGCAAGCCCGCGCUACGUCGUCCCAAUAGCCGCAGGAUGCGCUCUUAUUCUUGUCAUUCCCGUGACCUGCGCAGCGGUCCGACGGCGCCAUAUGCAGUUUGCGAUGAAAUGCCACUACCUUCUCGCGACGACGUCGAUUGGCGCACUCUUUUACCACCUCGUGGAACGACAGUCAUCAUAUCGGUGGUACUUGACAGGCGCUGUAUGCCUAUGGCUGUUCAUCAGCGCCGCUGUAUGCUUGAUGGCCAUAUGGGACCAAAAGCCUUGGAAACAUCCCCGAAACGAGGUAAUAAUGAACUCUGUGAGCAAUUUCCUCUGGCUUGACAUCACGAUACCCCUCAACCGAGCGAUUCACCCUGGCCAGUACGUCCGGCUCUGGAUGCCUCGGACCAGCUUUCGCGCUUUCUUUCAGCUUCCUAUUUUUCACAUUGCAUUUUGGGAAGACGGACCAACGCAGCGAACAGUUCGUAUGGUGGCCGAGCCUCGACUUGGGCUUACGCGGAAGCUGUACCACGAUGCACUGCAAUCGCCAAGCAAGCAGCUGGUCACCGUCCUUGGCCCGUAUGGACACCCUCUCAGUUUCCAUCGGUUCGGUACAAUCCUCUUCGUGGUGGAGGACAUUGGGUUUUUCCGAGCGCUAUCAUACAUCGACAAGCUGGUAGAGGCCAGUCGCAAGCGCGAAGUGAUGGUGCGAAAACUUGAGGUUAUCUGGAAGCGCCGAGUUGGCAGUGAUGGGUAUCCACCAUGGGUGGAUGAAUGGAUGCAGGAACUUCUAAACCGCGAUUGGAGAGCGUUCAAGGUAGGCUUACUUCGAGAACCAAGUGACGCCGAGUGCCCCGGUCUUACCGAUUUCCAGAUUCUGCAAUUCAGCAUCUACUGCCCGCGCACCCAAUCAGGCCCGGAAGAGGAUCUUGUCUGUCAGAAGGGUGAAAGACUCUGGUACUUUUAUGGCUCGAUCAAAAUCGAAGAAACGAAAAAGUUGCGCAGCAUAUUAGUAAUCGAUGCGGAGCUGUGGCCGUGGCGGUGUGUGCGAGUCCAGCAGUACGCGAGGCUGUGA